CAAGUACUAGUUCACCAGAUCCUGAACAAUAUGAUAUAUUUUAGAGUAUAUAUUAUUUCGCAAUUACUACUUCUCCAAGCAUCUGGUGAACAGAACAACAGCAGUUCCCUCUGGGAAAAACUACCAAAGGAAUGUGGAAGAACGAAGUACGAUAAACAAAAAGUAAGGAUCAUCGAUGGCGAUGUGGCAGACAUUGGACAGUUUCCAUGGCUAGUUAGGAUAGGACAAACCGAGAACGAUACUAUAAAUUUCUACUGUGGAGGGUCCCUUAUUAACAAGUAUUACGUUGUCACAGCAGCACACUGUGAAGACGACGGGGACAUAGUGAGACUGGGCGAGAACUACCUAAAAACCGACAUAGAUUGUGAUCGACACGGUGAUUGCGCUCCGCCUCAUCAAGACAUCAAAGUAAAACAGUAUAGGUUUUUGGAAUUUCAACAUGAUACGCACCUUAACGAUCUCGGAUUGAUUGAACUGGAGCAACCUGCUACCUUUAAUGAGUAUGUGCAACCCAUAUGUCUUCCACGUGAUCCGCUCCCUCAUAAAGAUCUUGUAUCGAAGAUGGUAAACAUAGCAGGAUGGGGAGUGAUCAAUAUUAAAACUUACUCAAGUGCCACUAAACUGAUGUAUGUAGUUAUCCCUAUAGCGGACGAAAAGGAAUGUAAUGCAAUGUAUCCGCAUCGUCUGGCGGACAGCCAGCUUUGUAUUGGAUUUACAGAAGGAGGGAAGGACUCGUGCGGGGGAGAUUCUGGUGGGCCAGCGUCCAUGUCCAUGAAGGUGGAUGGAGAAAGAAGGCAUUACUUAGUAGCACUUGUCUCGUACGGACUGACAAUGUGUGGAAAGGGUGUAGCUGUUUAUACGGACGUCUCAUACUUUGUCACAUGGAUCCUAGAGAACAUAGAUAAAAGUUAAUGUCAAUAAUUUUAAGGAGUAUAUUUUCUUCAUGUUUCUAAAAUCAAUUAAA